AUGGACCUGGAGAGCGGGCAGGGCCAGCAGCCAGCAGGCACACUGAGCUGGCGGCUUAGUUCGCACCCCAUUACCCUUCUGACUUUCCUUACUUUCAGAAUAUCCAGUGUUCUCGUCUAUUUCCUCGGAUUAUGGAUAAUCAAGAGCAUGAUCAUGACCUUCAUCAUCACGAUUCUCCUACUCGCGGCCGAUUUCUACUACCUGAAGAAUAUUGCGGGACGACGCCUUGUAGGUCUGCGAUGGUGGAACGAGGUCGACGCUGCGACAGGCGAUUCCAAGUGGGUGUUUGAGAGCAGCGACCCGGCGACCAGGACCAUCAACGCCACGGACAGCCGGUUCUUCUGGCUGUCGCUAUACGUGCAGCCUGUACUCUGGAUAGUCAUGUUCAUCUUGGCGCUGGUGAGGUUCGCCUUCAUGUGGCUGCCGCUCGUCAUCAUCGCUCUGGUCCUCACCAUGAUGAACACCCUGGCCUUCUCGCGGUGCGACAAGUUCAGCCAGGCCUCGAACAUUGCAGGCAGCGCCUUCAGCGGAGGCAACCUCGCGGGCAGCAUUGCGACCAACAUGGUCUCUCGCUGGUUCACUCGCAGCUAG